UUUAACCUAUUUUGGGGCGAAAAAAAGACUAUCUAUAUCUUAAAUUGAAAUUUAAAGUGGCCAGGAGUUUCGCUCCUUAACCCAAAUGAAAAGCCGUUUUAAAUGCCUUUCCGUCCGUUAUUCUGUUUUCAGUUCUCUCUCUUGCAAAACGCCUCUUCUCUCCUCUGCACCCAAAAAUUUACUUUUCAAAUUCAAUUUGUUUUCUUUGUCUUUCUUUUUAUGGUUUUGAAGAAGACGAAGUAAUCAAAUGAAAUGGCGUACAAGGUGGAUCACGAGUACGAUUAUCUGUUCAAGAUUGUACUGAUUGGCGAUUCAGGUGUUGGUAAAUCCAACAUUCUUUCUAGGUUUACUCGUAAUGAGUUUUGCUUGGAAUCCAAGUCUACUAUCGGUGUUGAAUUCGCUACAAGGACUCUUCAGGUAGAAGGGAAGACAGUUAAAGCACAGAUAUGGGACACAGCUGGUCAAGAAAGGUAUAGAGCCAUAACAAGUGCAUACUAUAGAGGAGCAGUUGGUGCAUUGUUGGUUUAUGACAUAACAAAGAGGCAAACAUUUGACAAUGUUCAAAGGUGGCUGCGCGAACUUAGGGAUCAUGCAGAUUCCAACAUUGUGAUUAUGAUGGCUGGAAACAAAUCUGAUCUGAAUCACCUGAGAGCAGUCUCAGCAGAAGAUGCUCAAAUGUUAGCUGAGAAAGAAACUCUUUCAUUCCUUGAAACUUCAGCAUUGGAAGCUCUUAAUGUUGAAAAGGCAUUUCAGACUAUUCUGUUGGAUAUUUAUCAUAUUAUUAGCAAGAAAGCACUUGCAGCACAAGAAGCAGCAAAUUCAACUGGAGUUCCUCAUGGUACUACAAUUAAUGUCGCCAAUCUGUCAAGUAAUGGGAACAAAAGACCUUGCUGUUCGAAUUAGCCAAAAAAAAAGUCUUAUUUUUAUCCAUUUGACAGAUAAGAUCAAACCCCUUUUCACCUUUCUGUCAUAUACUCUUUCGAGAGGUUUAUAUAGUUCAUUAGAACCGUCCACAAUGAACAAAACAACUUAUUUACCAAUUGAAAGCUUGUGUUUAAGCACUUGCAUACUGGAGGAAAAUAACAGGAAAACCUCUACAGUAUAGGUAAAGAAGGUUUUUGUAAUUAAGUUUAGUUCAUUAUUUUGUGACCCAUGUGUAAUCUUUGAUUCUUUGAAUUUUAGGGAUGGUGCAUUUGAUCUAAAUUAAAAAGAAUUGCAUAAUUCUUUUGUGUGCAAUUUGCUU